AUGUCGCCACGUCGGAUGGGAGAGUGGCGCCAGCCUCACAGGCGCCACACAAGGAUCUCCAGUUUCACCGAGUUCAAACUUGACUACCCAGAGAUCAAGAGCCACAUUCUUGGCAACCCCGUCUACAAAAGCAUCUCCGCCGGGAGUUACAGCUGGAAGGUAGAAUGCUGCUACAUGGACGACGUCGAGGACGAUAUCCUUGAUGUCCACUUCUCCGUGUACAGCAAAUUCAAUACCUUCCAUGGCUUCAUCGAUGUCUUCCUGCUGCGCAGAGGUUGCCUGGAGUCGCGCUAUGUCAAAAAUGGCGUGAUCACGCUUAUCUGUGGUGUCAUAGCUUUGCCCGCGAACUCCAUUACUGUGCCGGCGUCGAACAUAAGCGACCAUUUCGGAAGCCUGCUGGGAUGUUCCGACGGUUCAGAUGUCUCCUUCUCGGUCGGCGGCGAGAUGUUCCGAGCUCACCGAGCUGUGCUUGCUGCUCGCUCGCCGGUGUUCAAGUCAGAGCUCUUCGGCUCCAUGGUAGAGGCUACCACGCCGUGCAUCACACUGGACGACAUUGACCCAGCAGCUUUUAAAGCUAUGCUUGGGUUCAUCUACACAGACAGACUGUCUGUAGACUGGGAUCCCGAAACCUUUAUGCCAGAACCCCAACAGUUUGAGCAUCUACUUGCAGCGGCAGACAGGUAUGACUUGAGCAGAUUGAAGCUCAUGUGUGCUCAGGAGCUUUGGGAUAAAGUAUCGGUUGAAACGGUGGCGACAACCUUAGGUCAUGCUGAGAUGCACAGCUGCCCGGAGCUGAAGAGUAGGUGCCUGGACUUCUUCAUGACGGGGAAGAACUUCAAGAGAAUUGUGCUUACUGAGGGCUACCUGUGGCUGAUGCAACACUUCCCCUCGGUUAUCGACGAGAUCAAGGCACGGGUUGACACCCUAAUGUGCUACUAUAUCUCACACACUACUGGUAAUCAAAAUAUUGUCUGUUAUAGCGAUCUGAGAUUUCCGUAG